GUUCUCUUACGUUUGCAAUUACUUGGAGGCGCUCUGAGCUUUAGAAUCAGAAGAAACGAGUAUAAGUGAGGAAACCCAAAGAUGAGCUCAAUUAUUUUGUCCAUGCUGUUGCUUGGUGUAUGUCUUUACCCGUUAGUUGCACACGGUUCCUCCCCGAAUAAAUGUUACGAAUGCUUCGCGCAUGCAUCCUGGGAAGACUGCUUCAACAAAACAAUUUUAAGAACUUGUGAACGGGGUGAUGAUAUGUGCAUAAAAGGGAAGAUCUCAUUCUCAAAAAACUCUAAGACAGAUCACAUAUUCUUCAAAACCUGCGCAAAUGGGAACGAAUGUACGACCUACGAGAAAGAUGGAACCCAGGUCCCUUCAUGUCAGGAUAAAAAGAGGCAGGGUUACUCAGUCGAGUGCUCUUUCACGUGCUGUAAAGAUGAUAAGUGUAAUGCUGCUGCGUAUGGACAAAGGGUCAGCGGUCUAGUGUUGUUAGUGUUGUUCGUACUAACUGUUAAAAAGUUAAUAUGACCACAGUUAACAAAAACAAUCUUGUGUCAUCUCACGGCAAAAAUACUACGGAAAUAUUCAUAGAGAAGUCCAUUUUUUUAUUCAGAACACACAGGAAUAUCUGCACAUUACAACCUGGAAACAGCUAAGAUAGAUUGCAAAACAAGCAAAGGUUACACACUUCAUAUUGUGUAAUUAUAUGCGAUCCUGUCUUAGGAAGAAUUCUAGUGUCUAACAAGAGGUAAAAAAAAAAAAAAACAAAGAAAUGUUACUGGGCGUCUAAACCCCUUCUACCCUUCCACUGGAUCUGCCGUGCAAUUUAGAGUUUGGGUUACAUCUUGUAAAUUAGAAGUGUACAUUUCAUCCUCUACCGUGUUAA